UGGCUGGAGGUGGCGCCCGACCCGGCCCUGUGCAACGUGGAGGCUGCUGAGGCGACAAAAGAAUGGACUAUAUUUCUAGGUAAGACAGAGAAACCUGCUGAAAAGUUUUACUCUGAAUCAAAAGAGGGGGAAGAUGAAUCUGCCAGCACCAGUUCAACAGAGAGCGAGUCUGGCAGUGAAAGUGAGAAGGAAGAAAAGGAGGAAGGCAGUAGCGAUGAGAGUAGUGGGAGUUCCUCUUCCAGUGAAGAAUCGAGUGACAGUGAAUCAGACAGCAAAGAAAGUACAGGAAAGAAAACAUCUAGAACAGCUGAGAAAAGUGAUUCGGAGGACAAUAAAAAGAAAGCAAAGGGGAUCACCAAGAAAAGAAGCACAUCCAGUUCCUCAGAUUCAGAGUCCAGUUCAUCAGAAGAAAGUUCUUCAGAUUCCAAGUCAGAAUCAGACCUUAAAAGUGAAAAGUCUGGAAAACCUGGAAGAGCUGCUUCUAGUAAGCAUGCUCUGUCCCCUUAAAUGGGAACCUGAUAUCAACGAGACAGAAAUGGCUUGGUCACCCUGCCUUCCUCCCCUGCCUCCACCCAUCCUCACCCGCUCGGUGCCACAGUGGGGAGCAGCCCUUGGGUUUCUGGCCCCUUUCCCACAGCUGAAGAUGGAACUGGAUCUUAGUGACAAGUGGAGGGAGAGCAAAGGCAGAAGUAGUUCUGCAGCUGAUCUACGUGAAGAAUACCUGAGAGGAGGAAAACGCAUGCUCGUGGUAUCCAGCCUUGUAGAACAGUAUCGAAUAUCUGGACAUUUCAUAACUGGAAUGUGGCCAUGGAUGGCUUUAGGCUUUUCAGGAAGGACAGGCCGGGAAGGCGAGAUGGCGGAGUUGCUCUUUACAUGA